GCGGGUAAUGGUAGCCGCCGAACCAGGGACGCGGCAGCUGCUGCUGCUGCUCUUUAUAUAUUGGUCGUCUCGGUGGCUGAUUGCAUCACUUGCAACGCCGCAGCAGAGCAGCACACACCAUGAGCAACGGCAGACACUUGGCUAAAGGCUCAGCCACGCCGAACGUGCCCGAGGAUGGCAUCCUGCGUCUGUACUCCAUGCGCUUCUGCCCGUUUGCGCAGCGUGUCCAUCUGGUGCUGGAUGCAAAACAGAUACCCUACCACAGCAUUUACAUAAAUCUCACAGAGAAACCAGACUGGCUGCUCGACAAGAAUCCGCAGGGCAAGGUGCCCGCCCUGGAACUGGUACGCGAACCGGGUCCACCCGUGCUGACCGAAUCGCUGCUCAUCUGCGAGUACCUGGACGAGCAGUAUCCACUGCGGCCGCUCUAUCCGCGUGAUCCACUGAAGAAGGUGCAGGAACGGCUGCUCAUCGAGCGCUUCAACUCGGUCCUUGGCGCCUUCUUUAGGGCCUCCGAUGGCGGCGAUCUGGAGCCCUUCUGGUGUGGCCUGGAUACCUACGAGAAGGAGCUGAGUCGCCGUUGCACGGACUUCUUUGGUGGCGAACAAACGGGCAUUCUCGACUACAUGAUUUGGCCAUGGUGCGAGCGCUUGGAGCUGCUCAAGCUGCAGCGUGCCGAUGAUUACAAUUUCGAUGAGCGACGCUUUCCUCAGUUGUCCCAAUGGGUGGAGCGCAUGAAGCGUGAUCCGGCUGUGAUGGCCUUCUACAUGGAGGCGGAGGUGCAGGCCGAAUUCCUACGCACACGCAGCGCCGGCAAACCCAACUACAAUCUGCUGGUCAAGGAAGCCUGAUGGGCGAUUCCAGUUUAUAUUUGAAAAUUAGCAAUAAAGCAGAGGUCCAGCUUAAGCCCUAAAA